UAAUGUAACACUAAUUAUGCUAGCUGCCGUUAAAGCUCGUAGAAGAAAAAAGAAGACGCAGAAGAAGAAGAAGAAGCAGCAGAAGCAAUAAUAAUCUAUUCGUGUAUUAAUUUUGUUUAAACAUUUUUGAAUGGACCGCCUGGCAUCUUUUGGAAAUGAUCCUUUUGAUAAACCACCAUGCCGAGGUUGCUCGUCUUACCUAACUGAGCCUUACAUCAAGUGUGCAGAAUGUGGACCCUCACCUUUCUUACUCUGCCUUCAGUGUUUUACCAGAGGAUUUGAAUACAAGAAGCACGAGAGUGAUCACAAAUAUGAAAUCAUGACGUCGGAUUUCCCUGUGCUGGAGCCUGGGUGGACGGCACAGGAAGAGAUGGCUCUGCUGGAGGCAGUCAUGGACUGUGGCUUUGGAAACUGGCAGGAUGUGGCAUAUCAGAUGCGCACUAAAAGCAAAGAAGAAUGUGAGAGCCACUAUAUGAAGAAUUUCAUCAAUAACCCGCUCUUCUCCUCCACCUUGCUCAGCCUCCGCAAAACAAAAGAGUCUCGCUUUGCAGAUGGUGCUAUACCUUUCAAACCUACUGAUGACCCCCCUCGGCCCACAUUUGACUCCGUGCUGUCCCGAGAUAUGGCCGGUUACAUGCCUGCCAGAGCAGACUUCAUGGAGGAGUUCGACAACUAUGCUGAAUGGGAUUUAAAAGACAUCGACUUCGUGGAUGAUGACUCAGACAUCCUACGUGCGCUCAAGCUUUCAGUUGUGGAUAUAUAUCAUUCAAGGCUAAAGGAGAGACAGCGGAGGAAAAAGGUUAUCCGAGACCAUGGGCUGAUCAACCUGAGGAAAUUCCAGAUGCAGGAGCGAUGCUACCCAAAGGAGGUGCAGGAGCUGUAUGAAGUCAUGAGACGAUUUGCCAGAGUGAUUGGGCCGAUUGAACACGACAAAUUCAUCGAAAGUCACGCGUUGGAGUUCGAGCUGAGGAGGGAGAUCCACAGGCUGCAGGAGUACAGAAAAGCGGGAAUCAAGUCUUUCUGCAGUGCCAGAGUGUAUGAGAGGGUGAAGUGGAUGCGGGAGGACGAGCGCAGGAAGCGAACCAUGUUGUGUGAGGUGCUGCAGUACAUCCAGGACAGCAAAGCCUGCCAGCAGUGGCUCAGUAAACAGGCUGCAAUAGACGCUGGCAUCACUCCAGCUGUCACAACAAUCACAGUGUCAGCAACAGGUAGGCGGAGCGCACCUCCUCUCAACCUGACCGGGCUGCCGGGGACGGAGAAACUCAAUGAGCGAGAGAAGGAGUUAUGUCAGGUGGUGCGACUGGUGCCAGGGGCCUACCUGGAAUAUAAGCAGGCCUUGCUGAACGAGUGCAGACGGCAGGGUGGGCUGCGGCUCGCGCAGGCCCGAGCCCUGAUCAAGAUCGACGUCAACAAGACUCGCAAAAUCUACGAUUUCCUAAUCAAAGAGGGCUACAUCACGAAGGCUUAGGAACAUUUGAUUAUAGCCCAGGGGAGAUUGGAUUGUGGUUAGUUUUUUGUUUUUUUUGUCCUCUAACAUCGUAAGUCCGUGUUUUGUAAGAGGUUCAUAAUGUUGCUGCUCCUUUUGAAAUUUUGUAACAUUUGAAGGUGUUGUGUUUAUGAGUGUAAAAUGUGUUAAAAAUAUCUCUGUACAAUUCUCUAUAAGGAGAACAGGCUCAUAUUAAAAUGAGGAUGUAUUUAUUUCUCCUGUCAUAAAAUGUUUAAAAAAUA